AUUGAAGUAAAGCUCUCGGUCAAGUUCACCAGCCGGGAGUUCAGCUUGAAGAGGAUGCCAUCCCGAAAACAGACAGGGGUCUUCGGAGUCAAGAUCGCCGUGGUCACCAAGAGAGAGAGGUCCAAGGUGCCCUACGUCGUGCGCCAGUGCGUGGAGGAGAUUGAGCGCCGCGGCAUGGAGGAGGUGGGCAUCUACCGCGUGUCCGGAGUGGCCACCGACAUCCAGGCGCUGAAGGCAGCCUUCGACGUCAAUAACAAGGACGUGUCGGUGAUGAUGAGCGAGAGGGACGUGAACGCCAUCGCAGGCACGCUGAAGCUCUACUUCCGUGAGCUGCCUGAGCCCCUCUUCACUGAUGAGUUCUACCCCAACUUCGCUGAGGGCAUUGGUGAGCACUGGAGGCCCUGGCGUCCUGGGAGGCAUCUACUCGUCCAUUGCUGCCCUUGGGGGCUGUGAAAAGUGAGGUGUGGGAACCCGAGCUGUGCCACCUCUGCCAUGGUCAGCAUUUUAACCAACCUGAGAAAGCAGCAGCCAGAACCCAGCCUGUCCUGAAGCCCUCGCCCGUUCCCGGAGGGCUUGCCGUCCCUAUUCCUCCAGGAGACCGAGAGGGUGAAAUGGUCAGCACUGCCGUGCGGUGGGGUCCCAAACUCCGCUGUCCUCCUUUCUGCAGACCAGGGCUGAAU